AUGCUAAGCUUUAGAGAUUGUAAAAGGCUAACCUUGGAGACGAAGUUUCUUUACAGGGCAACAAUUCUUUUCUUUACUUUAUCAACGCUUGAUGUUCUGGGCAAGCUGGAAGAGGAAGUGGACGAGGAUAAAAGACAGGAGCUUAUCAACUGGAUCUACCGAUUGCAGUUAAAAAGUGACUCCGUUGUAACAGAUCCAGAGAUAUCGAUGGGAGAUGAUAGAUCGGCAUUGGCCAGGAGUGUAAAUGCAGGGAUUGCACAGAACGAGCCGAGUGCACUCAGUCCUGAUGAAUGCCUACCGAAAUACUGCUGGAAAGAAGUUUGA